AUGAAUACUCUAGCACUCCGAGAAGACUGGAGCGGCGCCUACAGUGCUUACCUGGAGGCGGCCAAAGAGGGUCUUGGCGAUUCGUCGCGAUGUCUUCGACUUGCGGUCGUGGCCAACAUCCAUCUGGAAGGGCCACAUUCGUACACGGGAUCAAGACUUAUCAACGAAGCUCACAAUAAGAAACACGAUAUCAGUGGUGCGUUGGUGCCGAUGUUGAUUGCACGACUCGAGGCCGGCGACAACGCAGGCAAAUUGAUUCAUGAGAACCUUACGAAAGGUCAAAAAAUCCAUGAUAGUGUUUACAACAAGGCCGCCCGAGUUCUCACACAAAAGGGAAACCCCGAGGCCGCGAUUAUGGUGUGUGAGGUCGCGGCACGAGAGAACGGUAUGGGCGAGCUGGCAUACAGUAAAUACAACUUUGCCAGUCUCAUCCACACGUAUACUGGCCAAGGACGCUAUACAGACUUGUUACCACUAAUCAACAGUUUCGUUUCGAAAUCUGAGUGGUGGCAAGGUAGCAAGGAGUGCAAGGAGUCGGUCAAAUUUGCAAUGAAGCAUGUGGCUUCGCGGGCUGCAAAGGAUCGAGAGCAUGAGGGCUCGUACGAGCAAGUACUCUUGCGCCUCGAGGGUGCCCUUGAACACAUCAAGUACCUACGAGCGACGAAUCGGCAAGAUCGGGAGAUUUUGACCAAGGAGGCCAUUGGCGCCUUCAAAGCGGUAGAUGAGCCGGCAGCUUUCGAAGGGGGGUUCUUUUCAGAUGCACAACCUGGACAACCGCCAUCGAAAGAUAAGAGAAAUAUGGACUGGGAGUCAUCCACGAGACGAGACUCAGCAACCCAGACCAUAAGCGAGACAAGGCAUCGCAUUAUCGAAGAUGACUUGUCUUCUCAAAAUCAGAAUACAGACGAUAUCCAAACAUGA